AUGACUGAUGCCUGCAGUGGAGGAGAAGAUGCUGCAGCCCCCAGUUCCAGCCUGGAUGCAUCCGACCCCAAGCUGCACUAUGAGGAGGAGGAGGAGGAGGGGAGUGAGUUGGAGCCCUCGGACACCAGCAGCAUCUUGUCUGAUGACUCUGUCUACCCUUGCUAUGAGCUGUCCCUGGAGGCUGCUGGUGCCAGGGAGCUCAGCCUCUACCAGUGCUGCGCUAGGAAUGAUGCCAAGCUGGUGCAGGAGAGACUGGAUCAAGGGGUAACCCGCAGCGAGGCCACAGAGCUGGAUGUCAACGGGAGGAACGCUCUGAUGGUCUCCUGCUACAAGGGCUUCGUGGACAUUGUGCCCCUGCUGCAGAAGUGCCCCUACAUAAACGUCAACCAGCAGGACAAGGAUGGGAACACAGCCCUCAUGAUGGCUGCCCAGGCAGGACACAUCACCAUCGUCAACUACCUCCUCAACUACUACCCCAUGCUGGAGGUGGACAAGAGGGACCCGCGGGGGUUGACAGCGCUGAUGAAGGCUGCGGUGCAGGGGAAGCAGGACUGCGUCACCGCCUUGCUCCUGGCUGGAGCAGACCUGCAAGCGGUGGACUCCGUCAAGGGGAAGACAGCCAGGGAGUGGGCAGCCUUCACCGGCCGCUUCGAGACCACCCUGAAGAUCCGGAGCCUGCUGCAGCGCCCCCGGGCGGAACAGUUCAGCUCCCAGUACCGUCCCGAGUGGCCAGCCCUGGCCGAGCUGGUAGCCGAGGCCCUGAGCUCCAAAUCCACAGGCAAGAGGCUGUCGGAGAGGAUCCGCUCCGUGUUCACCUUCAACUUCCCCCACGACCCUGAGGCAGAGGGGGUGAUGGACCACAUGGUGAGGAUGACCACCUCCCUCGCCAGCCCCUUUGUGGCCACUGCUUGCCAAACACUGUGCCCCGACAGCCCUCCCGAGGUGGGCAAGCGGCGGCUGUCAGUGCCAGAGAUCCUGGGGCAGCACCUGCCGGAUCCUGAUGCCGAGUUGGACUCUUCCUCACGGCCCAGCGCUGCUGCAUCCUCCUGCAACGGCCAAGCCACAUCGGAGAUCCGGCUCCUGCCACCGCCUCGGCCAGCUGGUAGCCCCCUGAGCUUCCUGCCCUGGUGGCUGCGCCGCAGGAACAUCAUCUUCCCCGGGGAGCCAAUCCCCAAGAUCAAAGUGAGCAAGGACUCCAGCCCAGCUGCCUGCUCCAAGGAGAGGAAGCAACGAGGGAAGGACAAGAACCUGCUGCAGCCACCCAAGUGGAAGUACAAGGAGCUGAAGGAGGAGAAGAAAGCAGCCAAGGAGGCAAAGAAAAAUGACAAAAAGAAGAAAGAGGAAAAGAAAUGA